UCGCUACACAAUGAGGGUUGCCAUCUUGCUGACGGUUCUGGCAGUGGGUUGCCAGAGCUCUCAGCCCAUCGCGCACGCACCAAUCACGGGGCGGAAAAUUGGCGGGUCCCCGAGUGACUGGGGCAACCAAGCGUUCCUGCCAGGCUAUCAUGUUGCGUACUCAGGUUACGGCAACGGUAAACUCACACCAAAAAUUGAGCGUCACGAUGAAGUAGUCAUCGAAGAUGGAGAUACCGUAAUUGCCGAGCCACAGCAGCCAGUGGAAGAAGAAAAAAUUGAAAAUUCAACUGAAAUAUCUAAGGUUGUGGUUGGUACUUCCAACAAGAAAACUUUGUCAACUGCAAAUAAAGGAGAUGGUAAGCCCAACCGAACCGCCAUGCAGAAAAGAAGAAGGACAAUCAAUGUCAUAUUCGACCAUUUGUUUGAAAUAAUUCAAGAUGUUUUCAAGAUUGCCUCAAAGCUCAACCAACAAGCCUAUGCUCAAAGAAAGGAGAACUCCAUUGCCGCUGAAGAUUUAGAUGCAUGGCCUAUGCUGAAGGGAGUAUUCCUCAAGUAUAUCAAGAUGCUUAGAGAAACUGAACUUAUGGAUUCCUUAGGUCACAUUAUCCCUGUAUACGAACUGGAAGGAGCCCUGGAACAAGGAGAUCCCCAUCAUCUCUUGAGGGUGAUUACUGAGAGUGUAACCCCCAAAAUGCUAGGAUUUGUGUUUGACAGUGUACGUGACUUCGUCUUGUACCUUACUCAUGUCGGAGAACGACUUGACAGGGCUGAGCUGAGAGAGUACAUUCCUUCAGGAAUCGACAUCAUGUGGCCUUUCCGAGUACUCGUGCAACAAACCCUUGCUCUCGUAGGAGCACUUGUACCCCGCAACGAAAUGGGCAAGUAUUGGGAGGAGUUCCGAUCAUACAGUCCUCUCGCCGCUCGUAGUUUGGAAUACGUUCUUCCUCUCGAAGACAACACCUCCAAUACAAAUACUUUUGAAACCAACGCAGUCGGUGAAAAGUCCAUGAGUGAGGCUACGUUCACAGAAAGAGCUCUGGAACAUCCUGUCGCCCUCGUGGCAGGAGUUGGAUCUGCAGUUGCUGCUGCAUUUUACGUCUACCGCUCGAUUGUUCCGGAAGAAGUCGUCUCCAACUCCAUCAGGAAAAAGAGAAGCGCGGAUGACGAUUCAUCUAUUCCCGAGAUAAGAAUGAACUCUGCUGAGGUCCAAAAGAUUGUCGAGGCUGUAGAACAAGAACCAUCAUUCAACCCAGACGUCCCUGCAUUCAAGCCCAAGAAGGUUGGAGGCAAGAAAUACAUUCGUCCUUAACCGGGAUCGAAGUCCGCCGCGGCUCACAAUCCCCGGGUUCGACGAUCUGCGAUGUUCUAAGGAGGACUUUGGGCACACAACAAAAAGCUUCUCAAAUCAAGACUAUAUGCAGAAAUUUAUAAACCUUAUAAAUGUUUCGUCAUUUUAGUGGAUCAUUACGUACGAGUUGUCUCAGAUAAAGAUUCGAAUAAGAAUUAUUUUGUUUAAUCAUUGUAAUGUAUAUUUCAAGUUUCAAAGAGCCUGGUGUUGUCAUGUUAUAAAAUCAGUAUCUGUUUUCCUCACGUCAUGACGACUCUCACAAAAAUCAUUGCAACUUAAUAGCGUAAAACAGCUGAUGUAAUAAAGAUGAAGACUCGACAAACAACAAAAGCCUCACGCGCUAAGCGUUCAGAAUAAAAAGCCAACUGUCAAAAAAAAUACGCAGGAUAAUUUCGAGAGCUUUAAAUCAGCAAAACAAUCGCGAGAGGCAGUUUUGGUAGAGUUUAAUAUUAUUUUGGCUUCCAUAGAACAAUAUUGAGCGCUCGAUAACGCGUGGACAAACUAUCAUGUCAUGAUUGAGAUAUUUCACUCUAUUUUAAAGAUUUCUUGCCUUUUAUCUAAUUUAUUUAUUGAAAGUUAUUUAUUUAUUCGACUCAUGUGUGUAAAUACCUUCUCGCACAAUAUUUCCGGAUGCAUCGCGCCAACACUUGAAAUGUCCCGCUUGACUCGAAUCAUGAUUUCUAUAACAAAAGAACUGGAGGUGCCGGGGAUCGAACCCGGGGCUUUUCGCAUGCAAAGCGAACACUCUCCCACUGAGUGCCGGGGAUUCUUGACCUAUGUCUGACCGACUUUUUUAUUAUUAGCGAGUAGGAUAUAAUAAUUUAUUAAACUACUUAAUGCAUUAACUAUUCGAUUUCUGAAUCUUUUUAUUUGUAUCUCUGGGUGGCUUGACUUAUUCUUUAAUUUUGAAGUCACAGGCAGCAAUGUUUUUUAACUAAGGCAGAUUUAAAGAAGCCACCAUUCUUCCUUCUACCAGAUAUAUUCAUUAUUAAAUAUAGGCAUUGUUUUGAGGUAUUCAAAUAAUUUGAUAAUUCCUUCUGUGCCUUGAUCGAGCGUCGUCUAAUCUCUACCAUACAUCGUUCCGCUUAAUUAAUAACUUGAUUUGAAGCAAGAAAAAACGUUUCUUUCGAAGACGAAAUGUUAUGGUGUUUACCAAGCAUUCACAUAUGUGUUCGAAUUAGAAAAAAGAAUGAAUUUGCUUUCUCGUGUGUAGCAAUAAUUGUUCCUCGUAUUAAUGCUUUUGUUGUUGCAGUUGUUCUGUUAUUGUUGUAAUAAAAGAUAAAUAUGUUAA